GGCGUGGGGACACGUAGCUGGUGGGAUCGCGCCAUGGCCUGGGCCCCUCUCCUCCUCGUGGUGCUCGCCCAUGUCUCAGGUUCCCUGGUCCAGGCAGCGGUGACUCAGACGCCCCCCUCGGUGUCAGCCGACGUGGGAAGAACCGUCACGAUCACCUGCACCGGGGUUAGCAGCAGCUAUGGUGUUGGCUGGUUCCAGCAGAAGGAACCUGGCACUGCCCCUGUCACUGUGAUCUACAACAGCAACAACAGACCCUCGGGCAUCCCUUCGCGAUUCUCCGGUUCUGCGUCUGGCUCCACGGCCACGUUAACCAUCACUGGGGUCCAAGCGGAGGAUGAGGCCGUCUAUUACUGUGGUAGCAGGGACGGCAGUGCUGGUCGUCAUCCAGGUGCCCCACAGGGUGGCGGUGGGUGGGUGCUCUGUCUGCUGUGCCUGGGUGUCAGCGAUCCUGUCGGUGGUGCUGGAGGAAGGGACACAGCUCACGUAGUGCAGACCUGUGGUGUGGCCGGUUGCUCCUGCCUUCAAAAUGUCUCGUCCUGUGGCCGGUCCUUUGGCCCAAAGUUGUUGGGAGGCACGCUGUCGUCACCUGUGGGUGUCCCGCUCUGGUCCCUGGGCUCGCUGCCAGUUCAGGGCCGAUGGCCACCCUCCUCUGGUGACAGGAACGGCGCCCAAGGGCCCUGUGUCUGUGUGAGCUGCUGUCCCGCGUGA